GCAACCGGAAGGUGCUUUAAAAAGACAAGAAAGAGAGAUCGAAGAACUAAAAAAGAAGCGGGAGAAGAAUAAAAAUAAAAUUAAAAAAUUAGAAAUAGAAAAUGAACAUUUGAAAGAUAAUUACAAACUUCUAGCAGAUGCCUAUUCGGCAAGAUCAUAA